CUAUGUCUCAUUAAGAGAGAAAGAAAAUGAAACGUUGUGCUCGAGUAAAAAAUAUUGUAAAUAAACAAAUCGAAAAAUACAUCAACUUAAACGAUGUCCGGUGAAGAACAACCAUCCAGUUAUCAUCACCAUCAGCGUUACAAACUUUGUACCAAUCGUCCAAAGUAUCGAGCGAGCAGGCGUUUAACAGCUGUCAAGGUGUACACCGUUGCCAAUGAGUCCAGACAUCUGCUAGUUUUUGGUGUACCAAAAAUAAAUUUAAAGAAUGAAGUCAGACGGGAGUUCCAAAAGUUUGGUACUGUAGAAAGUGCGGAUAAUGUAACCGAAGAACUGUUGAAGAAAGGAAUAGAUAUCGAAAAGUUCACCGAUUGUUUUAAGGUGACAUUCGAAAAAAUCGAAAAUGCCCGCCGAAGCAAGAAAUUUACGGACGAUAAGAAUUUCUAUGGAGGAAUUCUACACGUUUCUUAUGCACCAGAGUACGAGAGCAUUGAUGAUAUUCGAAAAAAGUUCAAGCAACGGCAGGAGGAAGUGAAAUUUAGAAUGAAAAUAAAUAAAAAAUCAGGGGAAAAGUCAUAAGAACAGGCUGAUGAAUCGAUUAAAUAUACAAAUUUGCAUUGUUUAUAAGAAAACGAGAUGUUUCAUUCAUGAAA